AAAUUUGCAAUCACUUGGAAUAAUAAAAUGGAAUAACAAAUUCAACAAGUACAGAAAAUAAAUACGAGCAAACUCAGAGGCCAGAGAUAGGUAGGCAGAAGAAGCAUUGAAGAGAGAGAAAAAAUCGGGAUAAAGAGAAGAAAAAAAAAAUAUAAAUAAAAAUCCCCAAAUCUCUCAAUUCUACUCUAGGACUAUUCAAGCAUCGCAUUUUUCACCAUUACUACUGUCGGUCUAAGUCGGAUUUCACUCGCCAUUUCUAAAGCUUCAACUCUUACAGAUCUUGUAUUGCAGCAAACCCUAAUAAAUCUAGGGUGUAUUAAUGGAGGGAAUAGGUGGGUCAUCUUCAGAAUCUCCGGCGAGCAAGAAACUUCAUGAACUUUCGAGAAUUUACCAGUAUUACUUAGAUAAGACGACCCCACAUGCAGUUCCAAGGUGGGUAGGAACCCUAGUUCUUGCUGUGAUUUAUGGAUUGAGGGUUUACUUUGUUGAAGGGUUUUAUGUAAUUACAUAUGCUCUUGGGAUCUACCUCUUGAAUCUGCUAAUUGGGUUUUUAUCCCCUUUGGUUGAUCCUGAGCUUGAGGUUUCUGAUGGCCCCACUUUACCCACAAAAGGUUCUGAUGAAUUCAAGCCCUUCAUUCGUCGUCUCCCUGAGUUUAAGUUCUGGCACUCCAUUACUAAGUCAUUCUGCAUAGCAUUUGUUAUGACUUUCUUCUCUGUGUUCGAUGUCCCUGUAUUCUGGCCAAUAUUGCUGUGUUACUGGGUUGUGCUGUUUGUUCUCACCAUGAAGCGUCAAAUAGCACACAUGAUCAAGUACAGAUAUAUUCCUUUCAGCAUCGGAAAGCAGAAAUAUGGAGGAAAGAAACCUGCUGCAUCAACCAGUGGUUCUCGCGCUGACUGAAUCAUCAAGAAUUCGCAGGUAUUGGAGAAGUGAAAGAUCAAUCCUUCCUCAAAAUUAGUUUAGGACAAGAGUGAAGGGGCAUAUUGUGAAGAUUCAGACCAAAUAUAUCUUUUUAUCUGCGUUUUUCAGAAGUAUAUACGGUAUCUGGUUGCAUUUUAUUACCCUGCAGCUUUUCCUCUCACCAGGAGAUUUGUUGUUGCUUAGAUUGGACCUGGCCUUGUUUUCUUAACCGUAUUGAUUUAUCGGUGUAUUAAAGCUCCAAGUAUUAUUAGCAAGGCACAUCCCCUAUUCAUUUAUUUUCUUGUUCUCUUUUCUCCUUUAAUACAUCCUACUAUUCUGGAUUUUGAAUACACUAUAUAUCAACUGUGCUACUUGAAGUGCAUUCCAUACUA